UGCGCCGCAGCUGCUGGCCCCUCCAUCCCGCGCGGAUGCGCCUUCCGCGGCGGCGGCGCGCGGGGGCUCGCCGGUGUCGAGCGGGAGCUCGUCGGAGUCAGACGAGGCGGCGGACACCCGAAAUCACAGGUAUACAGAUUCAACUAUCUAUCCUGGAGCAAGAACCAUGCCACCUUAUGAACAUAAGUGCACGAUGGAAGAGAAAGACCUUGUUUCACGUAGUGCUCCCCGUGAGCACCAUAAGUUUUUUGAUGUGCCUGUCACCAAUGACAGAGAAGUGCAUUUGAAAAACCUUGAAGCUUCAACAAGUGGGGCCUCAUUGCAUGGUAGAAGUUUUCAUAAGGAUACACGUCGUGCAAGAACAAGGAGUCUUUCCCCAAGCCCAAGAAAAAAUGCUUUUGCUUCCAGUUAUGCAAGUCCAGGAGAUCUUGGGUUUAGUCCAAGGUCAUCGGUUAAGAGGAUGGAUGAUCUGAAGAGCCUGUCUCAACCCUUGCCUCGUCCACCAGCGCCUAUUACUUGCUGCCCCAUUCCUUCAUCUCUCACUGCUUCCACCCAAUCCCAGUCAGAGUGGAAAAAGGGGAAGCUGCUAGGUAGUGGCACAUUUGGUCAGGUUUACCUUGGAUUCAACAGUGAAAGUGGGAAGUUUUGCGCAACAAAGGAGGUACAAGUUAUUUUGGAUGAUUCAAAGUCAAAAGAACGGCUCAGACAAUUGAAUCAGGAAGUAGAUAUUCUUAGACAACUCUCACACCAAAACAUUGUGCAAUACUACGGAAGUGAACUGACUGAUGAGGCACUCUCCAUCUAUCUUGAAUAUGUUUCUGGAGGUUCGAUCCAUAAAUUACUUACAGAUUAUGGUCCUUUUAAAGAGCCUGUGAUUCGUAACUAUACUCGGCAGAUUCUUUCUGGACUUGCCUACUUGCAUGGUAGGAAAACUGUGCACAGAGACAUAAAAGGAGCAAACAUACUUGUCGGCCCAAAUGGAGAAGUCAAACUUGCUGAUUUUGGCAUGGCUAAACAUAUAACAUCUUGUACUGAAAUACACUCGUUAAGAGGAAGCGCAUACUGGAUGGCUCCUGAGGUCAUAAUGAAUAAAAAUGGGUACAGUCUUGAAGUUGAUAUUUGGAGCCUUGGGUGCACAGUUAUUGAAAUGGGAACUGGGAGGCAUCCUUGGCAUCCACAUGGAGAUGUACCUGCAAUGUUUAAGAUAGUUAACACUAAAGAUAUACCAGAAAUCCCAGAGAGUUUCUCUAAAGAAGGGAAAGAUUUCCUGAGUUUGUGCUUAAAGCGUGAUCCUGCACAGCGCCCCUCUGCAACUCAGUUGCUGGGUCACCCUUUUGUCGUUCAAGACCAUCAAGCAAUAAGAGCGACCAAAUGCAAUAUUAGCCAGUUGAGAAAUAGACUAUCUUUACCUGCUGAGGCAUGUCAUAAAAAGUACAUCAUAGAACCUUCAUCGAAGAGAAGCAUUGCUCCUCUGCGAGGCAUUGGAGGAUUAAGAGGACGAGGUUUUACAGGGUUUUCCUCAGCAUAUCCUUCGCCCAACAAAACCUCCAGCCGUAUUGAUGUGAGAGCAAACAUGUCUCUCCCAGUGUCGCCAUGCUCAAGCCCGUUACGGCAGGUGAAGCAAUCAAACUGGAGCUGCGUUGCUUCCCCAUCGCACCCGGCAUUCUCCUCAGGAUCUGCAGCCUACAACCCAGUCAGUUACAUGCAGAACCAGAUGAGAGGAAGCGACCCAGUUCCAGAUCCUUGGCACGGCAUCGACCAGAGACCACAAAGCCCAUACGGUUCCCCAAAGAGAUUCUGAUUCUCAUCUGUAGAGUUGUUGGAGGCUAGGAUUUGUCGAUAUUUUUUACAACAAAGUCAGGGAUCCGUUGCUGUUUGUGCCCAUAAGUCCUUUUGUGUCUAGGAGGAUUCUUGAUUCCUCGUGAUCUGAUCUAUUGUAUAGAUGAAAAAGGAAGGUGUAACUGAUGAUCGUUAACUGUAUGCGGGUGUUGUAAAUGGUCACUGUACAUGCUGUAGAUUAGAAUAACACGUAGCGAUGCCGAGGAUUGUUUAUGCAGAA